ACUUGUUAAUUCAGCGGGAUACACCAGAAUGAUAAGUGUCAUUGUCAUCUUAAUAUAGAAUUAAACGUUGUUUGCAUUUAUGGAGCUUAAAGUUUGUUUAAGUUUAAUAUUGCUGAUUCAUUUUGUUGUUGCACCAAUACCAUCCCCAGAAUGGCGUGAUGUUAGCAUACAACUAUGGCGGACUGUCGGAUCCGCUCACUUUGCAGCAGAUGUCCUUGGUGUGGCAUUCGAAGAUAUGAUUUCAGCUCAAGAGAGGAUAAAUCCGAAGCCAAACACUGAUGAGUAUCGGGUAAAGUUUACGGCGACAUCCAGUACAGGUGAAUCAGUACACUGUAAGGCUGAUGUUCUGUGGGACCAUUUAGCAACACCUUGGAUAUCAGUGUCAAAUGAAAGUUGCUGGUCUCCAGAAAAAUGACUGAACUGUUGACAGUCUUAUGCGACAGAUCGAAUUAACUAUCUUAUUUUGUUAAAGACUAUCUGCCAUAACACCUUCAAA